AACAUAUUGUUUUGAGAAGCCAAAGUCUUUACUUAAUUGUCCCCAGCAUUAAGCGGAACGAUGUUCUUCAUCACCAAAAUCCUAUUAGCUUGCUACUUCAUAAAAGCAGGAAACGACUUCAUGACGCUAACCAAGGUUCCACUGUAACAAUGAAUAAAAGUCAAUCUUGCACCAAAUCACUGACCAAUCUCAGGGCAAAUGUAUUUUCUAUACAGUACAAGCAUAUUAUUAUUAGAACUGUCAAAUGAUUUUAAAAAGUAAUCAUUUUAAUCACAGUUUUUAAAUUAAUUAAUCAUGAUUAAUCACCAUUAGCAACCAUGUCUUAAAUAUGCCCAUUUUUUUACAGUAAUUAACAAAAAGGUAAAUGACAGGACAGGAUUAUAUAUAUUUGCAUGUUUUAACAGCUCCAAAUGAACUGAAUAUGUCAAUCAAGCUAAAAGAUACCACACAAGUCUACACAUUUGUCUAACACUAGUCUCUUUAAUAGUAGCAGAACAUUAGUAUCACACUUUAAACAGUGUUAUUAUGAGCAAUGUGGGGUUGCGUUCAAAGAAUCACGUAAUUUAACGUAAAUGUAGUUGUUUUCAGUGUAUUUUCCAGCAUACUUAAAUGUACCAAAUUGUACAUCCAAAUUAAGAGUUCCGAAGUGAGUGAUAAGAAUAUCCAUUUCAUGCUUUUCUUUAUCUUCCUGUUUACUGACACACACACACGUUUUUGUGAUGUUUGGAGUGUCCCUGAAUGCAUCUCGCAUUCUUGUAAUGAGAAUGAGGAAGUGUCGUUCCCAAGAUGAACGGACUAGAGACGUGAGUGAGUUGGACAUACAAACAGUACAGCAUAUGCUGUUGAUGUGUUCAGGUCAUAAUGAAGUUAUAAAAGAGCGUCAGACUGUGUGUGACUGUGUAGGGACGCUCCACUGUGCUUCCGUCUGCCGUCAUAACAGAGGGGUGUGCUUCCUCUGGUGCGCAAGCGUUAAUUACACAAAAAAAAUGUAACGUAAUCAAUUAAAUAAAUUAGGUACCGCCGUUUACGUGUUAUUUUUGACAGCCCUAAUUAUAAUUUAAGCAUUUUACAUUUGUUUUCGAGAAGCAGACAUUUUUUUGUCGUUAGGGAUAAAUGACAUCUUAAGGGUAAAAUUCGAACAACAUAUUUAAUGUUUCACGUGUACCUAAAGAAGUAGUUGAGAAUGCGUUUUUGGAAAUCUGUUUCUAUCACUUUUACACGUGCACAGAACAACAAUGAUGCAUUUACGGCCCUCUGUGAACACCUUCUCAAAAAUAACCUGCAUGAUCACACUACCCUGGAACUCCAAACGCGAUAACACACACACUUGGCACGCAAACACACACGGUGUCCUGUGCCACACAAGUGCCCCCCUCCCCCUCCCCUGGGAUUGUGUCCAUUAUGAAACCAUUAUCAUCUGGGUCGUCUGAGUGAGUGGUUUCCCAUAAAUGCUGUAGAUUAAAACAAUAUGAGAGGAAGGCUACGUAUAAGAGGAGGAGGAUAUAGUUUGGAAAACAGGCAGGGUGUGGCUUCAACAAUGCAGUGCCGCCGUGUGGGAGGGGAAACACAGGCAGGUAAAAACACUCAAGAGCUUCCUCAUUGUGGAGCAAGAAGAUAUACGUCCCUGUGAGAAAGUUGCGAGUCUUCUAGCAGUGGACCAUGUUCUCCUCUGCGACCCCCUACAAGAACCAGCAUUACGCUGAGCUCAAGAAGGACUGCAUCAAGAGUAAAAAACUCUUUGAGGAUUCAGAGUUUCCAGCCACAGAUUCAUCCCUGUAUUUUCGGAAAGCACCACCUGGUAUUGUACAAUGGAAACGUCCUGGGGAGAUCAGCUCUGAUCCUCACCUGUUUGUGGAGGGUGUCAGCUCGCAUGACUUGAACCAAGGCUCAGUGGGGAACUGCUGGUUUGUGGCCGCCUGCUCAUGUCUGGCCCUGAAGCCUAACCUGUGGAAGAAGGUAAUUCCAGACUGGAAGGAGCAGGAGUGGGACUCCAAACACCCAGAGGACUACGCCGGAAUCUUUCACUUUCAGUUUUGGGUGUUUGGUGAGUGGGUGGAUGUGGUGGUGGAUGACCGCCUUCCUACAAUCAAUGGAGAACUCAUCUACUGCCACUCCAAAGACAACAACGAAUAUUGGAGUGCUCUGCUGGAGAAAGCCUACGCCAAGCUCUCUGGCUGCUAUGAGUCACUGGAGGGGGGCAACACUGGAGACGCUGUGGUGGAUUUCAGUGGCGCUGUGUCUGAGGCCAUCAACCUGGAGGCAGAGGCUUACUACAAGGACCAGAAGAAGCUAGACCAUCUCUUUGAAGACCUACUGAAGGUGUACGACCGAGGUGGCAUCAUAAGUUGCUCCAUUAAGGCACAAGCUCACGAAAUUGAGUUCAAGAUGGCUAACGGGCUGGUGAAAGGUCAUGCGUACUCUGUGACGGCGGUGAAGAGGGUGCGCCUGGGUCACGGGUUGAUAGCCUACUUCAAGAACGAAACCAUCCCUAUGAUCCGCAUGAGGAAUCCCUGGGGAAAGACUGAGUGGAAUGGAGCCUGGAGUGACAGUUCUGAGGAAUGGUCAAAGGUUGGCGACACAGAAAGGGGCAACCUUGGCAUCACAGUAGAGGAUGAUGGCGAGUUCUGGAUGUCUUUCACAGACUGGUGCAAGUAUUUUACAGAUGCCGACGUGUGCCGUCUCAUCAAUACGUCCGUGAUGAGCUUCCAUAAGACCUGGCAUGAGGUCAUGCACUUUGGGAGCUGGACCAAGCAAGCGGAGCCUCUCUUGAACCGCUGUGGCGGCUGCGCUAACCAUAAGCAGACCUUCCUGCAGAACCCACAGUACAUGUUUGAUGUCACAAAGGAGACCGAUGAGGUCCUCAUCUCCUUACAACAGCGAGAUAUGAAGAUCCACAGGAAAAUCGGACAAGGGGAAAAUCUCACAAUUGGCUUCAGCGUCUUCAAGGUGGAACUGAACAGGAAGUACAGGCUACACGACAUCCUGACCCAGAGGUGCGUGGAGACGUCCACGUACAUAAACGCCCGCACGGUCUUCAUGCGUUGCAUGCUGCAGCAGGGCCGCUAUGUCAUCCUGCCCACCACCUUCAAGCCUCACACUCUGGGGGACUACAUGAUCCGGGUCUUCACCGACUUGGACUCGGACUGUAGGGAGCUGAUCGAGGAUAAACCCAGGGUAAGAUGCUGGAGUUCCUUUUUUGGAUAUCCACAAGCCGUGAGCCACGUGUACGUCCAUGCUGCUGAGGGCUUGCAGAACCAGGACAGUACAGGCAGCGCAGACCCUUAUGUGAUCAUCAGCUGCGAGGGCCGCUCCGUGAAGUCCACCGUCCAGAAGGAGACUUUAACACCAGAGUUUGCAACCAGUGGUAUUUUCUACAGGAAGAAGCCAAGGAAGCCUAUAACUGUGCAGAUCUGGAACAGUAACGCAGUGCAGGACCAGUUCAUGGGCCAAGUGAUGCUGUCUGCUUCAGUGAAGGACACUGCCGAUCCUCAGAGGCUCCAGCUGAGGAAACAAGGCCGCAACAUGGCCGACGAGAUGCCGGGGAGCGUCACUCUGAGGAUCGUUACCUCCUCUCAGCUCACCGCCAUGUGAGGCUCGCCAAACAAGCUCAACUGUGAAACUAUGUGACGACAACGUGCCAUCAUCUAAAGACAAUGAUUUGUAAAGUAGCCAAUAUUGCACACGUUUUAUCCUUCUUUACAUCGUCUAUCAUGAGUAACUUAUGACAUUUUUUAUAGUAAUGUGGCUGGCAAAUGUAUUACACAAAUAUAACGUGAGUAAGGCUACAUUAUGAUGUAGUCAAAGUCAUUUACACUCGCCAGACAACAUUAGGUACACCUGCAUCCAAUAGAUACUGAAUUAUUGCUUCCUAUUUUUAACAAUUUUGUAGUUUGUAGUUUGCAGCGGUGUGCAAGUGCACUGCGUCAUACUGAGAGCUAAUAUUUGUUCCCACAAUUAUAUUGAAUACCUCAAAACCAAGCAUUGUUACCUUACAAUUUUUUAUACAGAGCUUUUAUUGUCAUUACAUUUGCAGGUGUGCCUAAUGAAGCGUACCUGAGUGUAUAUCCUGCAGCUAUACAGUUUAAAAUAGGGACGCUCUGCUCCAUCGACCACCAAUCAACAUCGGCUGAUUUCCAUAAAAAACAUGCGAUCUGCAUAUGCCGAUGAACGCCUUUCAAAGUCGAUCACAAAAACCAUCGGCGCGCGGUAGCAACUCCUACGUCUGCUGUGUCACACAGGGAUGCCAACAAAACGAUGCGUCUUGUAUUGAGCUUGCCACAGGCUACGCCAAUCGAUGCCAGCGUGUUCGAUCUUGCGUCUUUGUUUACACGCUUUGCCUAGCUGUCACUGGCUGUGCUUUACAUUGGCGGCAGCUAGCUCGUUAGCUAGUUAUCCGCCUAGGGUCUGGUCUUCGGACUCCAAAUGUGACUUUUUACCACAGUGACAUUUUGUUUUUAAAACAAACAAGCAAUGCAGUUAGUUUGGAGCUUGUUUUUGUCCGACGGGAAAGCCACAAGUGGAUAUCACGAUUAUGGGAUACAUACUAUUAUACUAAUUAUAUCUUGUCCUCAAAACACUAUUUGUGUGUGGUUGUUUAAUGAACAUAAACACAGGAGUGUGUCCAGCCUUAUGAUGGUGACGCUAUCACAGGGGUCUCCUAGCUCACCAGCUGAUUUUCAGUAGCUCAAGCGUGUCUCACUUUAUUUCUCCGAAAGGCAUUUGUAGGAGAAAUGAAUGAAUGAGAAACAUUUUCAGACAAAAGAGAAACUAAAAUGAGGCUGAGAUGAGAAUGUCAAAAUUGUCUUUUGCAAAAGAGCAAGCUUUGAGCAGUGAAAUGCUCCUCUGAGUCACCAAAGGGUCGAAGAAUAUAUGCUUCAACUCUUAGUAGUUGUUUUUAUUAUGACUGUUGAAUUCAGACUUAAUGCGUUUAUGUAAUGACAAAUGACCACAAAAUAGUAUAAAGCUCGGUAAAUAGUGUACAAUUUAAAUGUUAUAGUAACAGUCAUAAAUAAAACAGACUUGACAGCUCAAAUAGUGAUUAAAGUGGGAUACCCCCGCAACAUGGGACACUGAAUUUACAAAAGGCAUCUGAAGGUAUUCAUAACGGUAUUAUAAACACGCAAAUUAAGGGCCGCACGGUUAGCAUGUUGGCCACACAGUCAGGAGAUCGGGAAGACCUGGGUUCCAAUCUCAGCUUGGACAUCUCUGUGUGGAGUUUGCAUGUUCUCCCCGUGCGUGGUUGUUCUCCGGGUACUCCGGUUUCCUCCCACGUUCCAAAAACAUGCAUGUUAGGUUCAUUGGCGACUCUAAAUUGUCCACAGGUAUGAAUGUGAGUGUGAAUGUCUAUAUGUGCCCCUGCGAUUGGCGGGCGAGCGGUCCAUGGCGUACAGUACACCACCUCUCGCCCGAAGUCAGCUGGGAUAGGCUCCAGCAUACCCCUGCGGCCCUAAUUAGGAUAAGCGGCAUAGAAAAUGAUGGCAUCACAUUAAUUAAAUUCAGGUUUGUGUCAAAUAGCACAAAAAUUGUUUCGCACAAAUAAAGGCAAAAAGACAUUUUUUAAUCAUGACUACUUGCCAGGGGGCCUUGGAAUUGUCUAACGGUGCUUAACAGCACCGCUGGCCAAUACCACUCAUAAUAGAAAAAUGUACAGUUAAUCCAUGCGAUUGGUAUCGGCCGUUCUCACUCAUGGAUGAUCGGAAUCGGGAACAUAAAACCCGAUCGGAGCAUCUGUAGUUUAAACAGGUAACCGUGACGCAUUACAGCAAAUCUUGUUUCCUCUUUUUAUUUCAGUCCAGUUCCCAAAUUGCAAUAUUUUUUUUUUACACUCAAGACACAGCCAUGCACAAUUCAAAGUUCAAAAAGUCUAUUGCUUCAACCACAAUUAAAAAUAGUUUAUCCAAAACCUCAUUUCCCCAUCGCUCAUU